AUGAUGGAUGAGACCUCUGAGGAGCCUCCCACUUCUGCUGUCUUCUUGGACAGCUGUCUCUUCUCCCAGGUGGUCUUUAACAGUGUGGAGAAGUUUUAUGUUCCUGGAGCAGACAUAACCUGUUAUUACACCCUUACACCCAACAUCAUUCCUCGUGGGAAGGACUGGGUGGGCAUCUUCAGGGUGGGAUGGAAAACCACCAGGGAAUAUUACACAUUCAUGUGGGCCCCUCUGCCUGCUGAUGUCCACAGUGACACUGCUGUGCAGCAGCACAUCCAGUUCAAAGCUUAUUACCUACCCAAAGAUGAUGAGUACUACCAGUUCUGCUAUGUGGACCAGGAUGGAGUGGUCAGAGGGGCCAGUGUGCCUUUCCAGUUCAGAGCAGAGACUGAGGAUGAUAUCCUGGUGGUUACCACACAGGGAGAAGUGGAAGAGAUUGAACUACGGAACAAAAAUCUGCAUAAAGAAAAUGAGGAGCUGAAAGCAAAUUGUGCAACUCUCCAGAAACAAAACCUGGAUCUGCAGGAAGAGCUCAAGAAGACCCAGGAGCUGCAGAACAGUUUGGAGUCUUUAAGGAGCAACACAGAGAAACUGGAGCUGGAGCUGAAUUCCCUGAAAGUGGAAAAUCAGCAGCUAAAGGAGCAGGGUGACUGCAGAGAGGCAGAACUGCACCAACUCCAAGAGCAAAUCCAGACUGCGACCUCUGACAAGGAGCACCUGGAAAACAGACUGAAAACAGCCUUGGAUCACAUGGAUCAGCUGCAGUCUCAAGUGUUGAAUUAUGAGAAGGAAGUGGAAAACUUAGCUCAUGUGGACCAUGAUAAGACAGAGCAGCUGGAAAUUUUGAAGGAGGAGAAUCGGCAGUUACGGAUCAGCUCAGCUCAGCAG